GAGGUAAAAGUGAGUGCUGUCGUUUGUACGCACAGGUGAUUUUCAGUCUUGUUUCGCAUUGCGUCGGGUGAGAAAAUGGGAAAGCUUCAGGAGUUUAAGAUUGCCUUUGAGAAAAACAAAGAAGUGUACAGUCCGGGAGAGUCCAUCUCUGGAACCGUGACAGUAAAACUGGGCCAACAGCUGCAGUGUAAAGCUAUCAAAGUGAACUGCAAUGGUUUCUGUGGCAUCACCAAUAAGUUCAAUGACACAGCAUGGACGAUGGAGGAGCAGUACUUCAACAGCACGAUCUCAGUGGCAGACAAAGGUACCCUGAAAGAGGGAAUGCACACAUUUCCCUUCAAGUUUCUCAUACCAGCCACUGCUCCAACGUCUUUUGAAGGCAUCUAUGGAAGGAUCAUUUACAGAGUGAGGGCUUUUAUUGACACACCACGAUUUUCCAAGGACUACACCACAGAGAAAGCUUUCUUCCUGCUAAGCCUUCUGAACCUGAAUGAAGUGCCAGAUAUAUGGGUGAGACAUUAUAGCUGUAUGUCUGUAUUCAGUCCCUGA